CAGCGCUCCGGCUAUCCAAAAUUAAUUCAAUAUUGCCGGUAAUUUGUUUCAACCAGUCUUGAUAAGCUUCUGUCUUGCGUCGUUGGCAGCCGAUCAUGUUAUCGUUGACAACUCUGGUUGUAGUCUUUGGUAUCGUGCCAAAUGCUUUAACGACAACAGUUUGUCGUGGAAUGGAUUCAGUUGCUGAUGACUGUGCCGAUGAUCCGAAUGGCUUGCCGCUGAUGAAAUAUUCUUACGAGUGCCCGAACUAUCCCACCGGAUGGGAGGAUCAGUUUGAGAAGAUUAUGCAUAUGUAUGAUUAUACAAAUCCAGACUGCAGCAAGUCAAAUGUUACCGUAAUCACCCCCACAACAGCGGAUUCGGGAAGUGCCGUCCAUGCAACGACGUACCUGUUAAAUUACACUUGUUAUCGGCCCGUGGUGCCUUGGGUCCCUAAGGAUUUGUGUACGCAUAAGCCGGUGGCCGUUCGAUGUACCCCCGAAAAAGACUGCACUUGCUGCAAGAACAUCUACAGAGAAGCAUACUGCCAGUAUCAUAAGUACGCUCUGAGCCGUUUCUGGGACUUUUGUACGAUCAAAGAUGAAACCCACAACGGCACGCCGUCAGGCCCGACACCCAGCUGGAUAGCGGCUGCUACGAAUUCCAGCGGGGAUCCUUAUCGGCCGUUCGACUACGCGCUUGAAUGUCCGGGUCCUUUCCCGCCGGAAGCUUUUUUUAACGAGUUCAACAAGAUAUCUGUCGGACGGUGCAGUUCGAGGAAGUUCACUGAAGUCGGCAAUGCUUCGACUGCUGGCAAGUUCCAAGUUCGUUACACGUGUCGCCGGCCCUGGGCGUAUUGCUACCAGCCGUCACGCGGGCCAGACUGUGUUCCGGAAAAUUCUUGCAUGUGUUGCAAGACGUUAUACAGCGAAGUGAUGUGCCAAUACGAUAUGCUCUCUCUGAGCCGUUUUUGGAAGACUUGUACACCUCGGUAUGGUGAAAUGACCAAUCUGGAGUCCAUUGAGAUCGAGAACUCUCCUACAGAACAAUUAUCUCCUUAUACGUCCGAUUGGUUUAUGGACUAUAUUCGUCAUGGUGACGAACCUCACGUUUCGGGUGACCCGUACGUGGACGCUGGCAAACCGGAACCAAAGUUGGUCAUCCAUCCGUGCUGCGAGCCGCCGCUCAUGUUGACUGUCAGAAGAAGGAAUGGCCUGCAUAGGGUCCUCUGUGGAACCCGUCCAGAAGUGAUUAUGCCGUUCAAGGUGAUGUGGCAUGACUGGGAAAAGGUCUAUGACGUCUUUGACAGACUAACGGCUUGGACGAAAUAUACGCUGAACAGAGCGAUGACCGUGCUGGACAACUGCCUGAACAUCACAGACCAUGCCGCCGUUGUUACCAAGGAGCAGUGCAGUCGGUGUAAAGAGCUAGAGGAAGUGAAGAAACUCUACUCCCUUGGAUACACCGUGGUGGAGUAGAAAGUAAAGCGCAAGUUCAACCAGGCUCAUAACAAUGGAUUCUGAUCACGACAAACUCCAGCGCUGGACAAAAGCUGCCCUUUCAGUAAAAGAAGUUUAAAAAAGUUUCCAUCCAUUACAGAAAGAUAAUUUUUAUACGCUUUAAAAACAUUUUAUGCAUCUAUGCGAUCGCAAAAUAUGGCAUGCCGUUUUAUUAAAUACGAAAAUUUGCACGCUUUUUACCAAGUCAUUAAAAUAAUUUCUUACCGCAGUUAUCAGCAGUAUUUUUUGGUAGUCGAGCUUUUCGUCUACAAGAAUUUCGAAGUAAAUAAAUUUCGUUUUCCGCACACACUGAUCCCUUUUCACGGCGGAUUCUGCCGGUUUCAGUUCGAGUUUGAUAUAUUUUUAAAUUUUAGUAUAAAGUGCAACUUUCAAUAGCGUUUUUUUUUCUCGGUUUAAUAAAACCGUUACUUUUAAUGAGAAUUGCAGAAAAU